CAUAUGCCCUUUGAUCGCGAACUUGAAGAGUGUAUAUAAGAAUUGAAUUUUUUUGUUAAUUCAAUAGUUGUUGUUAUUUGAUAUCCGGACUAUUAAUUGAAUAUUUUUUUUAAAAUGUCAAAAACAAGUAAUAAAUACGAAAAUUUUCAAGAAUUUCUCGAUGAAGUUCAGUACUCAAAAAGCGGAGUCAAACGCUACGAAUGGAUCUUCGGUGAGGGAUAUCUGUCGACUGGUGGUCUCGAGACUACCAAAGAAAUUAUACCAAUUCUUGAGCUAAAAAAGAAUCAAAGAGUGCUCGACGUUGGAUGUGGUUUAGGAGGACAUGACUUCUAUAUGGCUGAAAACUAUGGAGCAGUCAUUGAUGCCAUUGAUUUGUCAAAGAAUAUGAUGUCCGUAGCUUUAAGACAUUUCAAUCGUAAGCCUCAUAUUGCAAAUAAUAUCAAUUUCCGUAUCUGUGAUGUAAUGACCACACCGUUUGACGACAACUAUUACGAUGUUAUCUACAGUCGAGACGCGUUGCUUCACAUCAAAGAAAAGCCUCAAUUGUUUCAAUCGUUUUAUCGAUGGCUUAAACCCGGCGGUAGACUAGUCUUUACAGACUACUGUCGUGGAGAUACUGAUAAUCAAUCGGAUGAGUUUGAAAGCUAUAUUAAACAAAGAGAUUAUACACUCUAUAAGAUCAAAGAAUAUGACCAACUAAUGAAAAAUUGUGGAUUUGUUGAUGUAUUGGCACAGGAUAUCAAUGACAAGUUUGUCGACUCUCUUAAUAGAGAGCUCAAGAAGUUGUACUCCGAAAGAAAAGAGUUUCUCCAAGAGUUUAAUGUUGAAGAUUUCAAUGACUUGGAAGAGGGUUGGGUGGCAAAGAUCAAGAGAGCUAAAGAUGGUCACCAAACUUGGGGUCUUUUCAAAGCUUUUAAACCACUUUAACAACAAAAUUGUCGCUAAAUAUCAUUAUAAUUAAAAA